AUGCGCGGGGGGGGGGGGCGCCGCGGGGCCUCCGACAAAGCGCCCAGGCCGCUCCUUGCGAGUGUUGCCCGAGUUUGGCCUUCGCGCCUCCUCUGCAAAGCCUCCCUUUUGCUCGCGGGCAAAGACGCGGGUCGGCCCCGGGCGAGGAAUGCGCCGCCCGCACCUUCGAGGCGGCCCAGCGAGGCUGCGAGGGCCGCGGCGGGCCACCCCUCGCUCCGCGCCCGGCAGCCGCAGGCCCCGAAAGAAUGCAGCCGCAUUCCUCGGCGGGGCGUGGGGCCUCCGCCUCUUCCGGCGGCCUGUUUGCGAGGGGUUGCUAGGAGAAGCCCCGGCCUCUCUGUGCGUGGGCCCGCCGCUGCCGCCGCCGCCUCCCCUCCGCCGGUGGCGGCGCUGCUGGACGGCGCGGGCGUCCCGGAGCUGCUCGCCGGCUCUCCGCCUGGAGCGGGAGGCCCGCCGGCCCAAAGACGGCCUUGGCAGGCCGCAGCAGGGCUCGGGCUCGGGCAGCGGCGGCAGCUCAGGGGCCCGCGGGCAGCUCUGCGGGGACGGCCCCGCCGGGGAGGCUGCGAAGGGAGCGACGGGCUGACCCGCUGCCGCCGUCGCCGCCGCCGCCGCCGGAAGGCAUUGCUCACCCGCUCGCCUGGGCAGACAAAGGCCCAAAGCCCGGGGCUUUCGGGCCUGAACGGGCAGCCGGAGCCGAGGUCGGCGCGUUCUCCGGCCGGGGCGUGCUGA